AUGGAGUCAAGUUUGACGUCAAGUUUCCUGAAAAUUAGUGAUAUAGUUGCUUUAUAUGCUGAGGGAACAGUUUGUGGAUUUAUUAGUACACUUGGUCUUGUUGAUGAUCGAUGUGUUGUACAACCUGAUUCCGGUGAUUUACAAAAACCACCAAAAAAAUUCCGAGAUUGUCUAUUUCGUAUUUGUCCCAGUCAUCGAUACAGUGCUCAGACACAAUAUUGGAAUGCAUUAAAAAGUCCAAGUGCUGUUCGAGAUCUAAAAAAAUUACAACUUGCAGCUGAUACUGAAAAACGUCAAAAUGAAGAAGAGAGUCGUAAACAAACGGGUACAAUUAUUAAAUAUGGCGAUACUGUUGUACAAUUACUUCAUAUAAAAAGUAAUAAAUAUUUAACUGUAAAUAAACGACUACCAGCAUUUUUGGAAAAAAAUGCUAUGCGUGUAUCUCUCGAUGUUAGUGGUACUGAAGGUUCAUGGUUUCAAAUUGAACCCUAUUAUAAAUUACGAGCAAAAGGCGAACGUGUUGUUGUGGGCGAUAAAGUUGUUCUUAUGCCAUAUAGUGGUGGACAACCAUUACAUGUUAGUGAACUCGAAUUACCGGAUCAUCCCGGUUCCAAAGAAUGCUGCAGUGUUAUUAACCUCCACACGGUUAAUUCUCAUCUACAAACAAGUUGGAAAAUUGUUUUAUUUAUGUCAUGUUUUGAAGGUACUAAUGAAGUACUUAAAAGUGGCGAUAUUGUUCGUUUAUUUCAUGCUGAACAAGAAAAAUUUCUAACAUGUGAUAAUUAUCGAAAGAAAAGUGUCGUAUUUUUACGUGCUACUGGUCGUGCAUCAGCAACAUCAGCAACAUCAUCGAAUGCUUUAUGGGAAAUUGAAGUUGUUCAACAAGAUCCAUGUCGUGGUGGUGUUGGACAAUGGAAUUCAUUAUUUCGUUUUAAACAUUUAGCUACAGGACAAUAUCUUGCUGCUGAAGUUGAUAAUGAUCAAACAUUCGAUGCAACACGACAAAAGUUACGUGGUCCACCAGGUACACCUGUAUUUGCUCUUGUACCUAUUCCACAUGGUUAUGAUAUAUCAUCAAUUUUUGAACUUGAUCCAACAACUAUAACACGUAAUGAAGAAGCUGUACCAUGGGGUUCAUAUGUACGUCUACAACACAUAUGUACAAAUACGUGGGUACACUCAACAAAUAUUAAAUUAGAUCCUGAUGAUGAUAAUGUACGAUUUAAAAUUGGUUGUGCAUUAACGAAAGAAGAUCGAGAAGCAUUUCAAAUCGUACAUGUCUCACCAGAUGAAGUACGUGAUUUAGAUUUUGCUAAUGAUGCUGCACAACAUUUUGAUAUGACAGUAUCAAAAUGGGAAAAAAUUGGUGUUAUGAAUGUACAUGCAAAUGAUAGAAAGUAA